GCCUGCCCACAACCGGUCGGCCCUUGGGGCCCUCAUCCGGUCUCGCCCACCCUCAAACAAUUGGUCACUGGGGCCCUUGUCUGGCCAGGCUCGCCCACCGCCGAUUGGCACAGGAGCCCUCAUCCGGCUGGGCCUGCCCACCUCCGGUCGCCCCCUGCUACCGUCAUUUGGCCGGGCUCACCCACCGCUGGCCUGCCCACCUGUGGUCGGCCCCUGGGGCCCUCUUCCGGCCCAGCUCAUCCACCACCGGUCGGCCACCGGGGCCCUCGUCAGGCCUGGCCCACCCACCACCGGUUGGCCCCUGGGGCCCUCACCUGGCCCAGCCUGCCCACCACCAGUCGGCCCCCCGGCCCGGCCCGCCCAGCACAUGACGGCCCCCAGGGCCAUCGUCUGGCCCGGCCAGCCCACCACCGGCCGGCCCCCAGGGCCUUUGCACGGCCCCCCCGCCUGCCACAAAUCAGCCCCUGGGGCCCUCGUCCAGCCCGGACCAUCCAGCACCAGUCAGUCCCUGGGGCCCUUGCACGGCCCGCCCCACCAACCACCGGUCGGCCCCCGGGACCCUCGCCCGGCCCAGCCCGCCCACAACCGGUUGGCCCCCGGGGUCCUCGUCAGGCCCGGCCCGCCCACCACCAGUCGGCCUCUGGGGUCCUCAUCCGGCCAGGCCUGCCAAACACUGGUUGGCCCCCGGAGCCCUCACCCAGCCCGGCCAUACCACCACCGGUCAGCCCCUGUGGCCCUCGCCUGGCCCAGCCUACCCACCCCCGGUCGACCCCUUGAGCCUUCGCCUGGCUCCGCCCGCCAACCACCAGUCGGCCCCUGGGGCCCUCGCCUGGCCCGGCCUGUCCACCACCAGUUGGCCCCCGGGGACCUCGUCCAGCCCGAGCCACUCACCGCCGGUCGGCCCCCGGGGCCCUUGCAUGGCCCAGCUCACCCACCGCCGGUCGGUCCCUGGGGCCCUUGCCCGGCCCGGCCUGCCCACCACCGGUCGACCCCGGGGCCCCGCUCCGGCCUGACCUGCCCACCACCGGUGGGCCCCCGGGGCCCUUGCCUGGUCCUGCCCACCCACCAUCAGUCAGCCCUCAGGCCCCUUGCCCAGCCUGGCCCGCCCACCACUGGUCGGCCCCUGGGGCCAUCGUUAGGCCAGGCCCGCCCACCUCCGGUCGGCCCCAGGGCCCUCAUCAGGUCUGGCCCUCCAACCAACAGUCGGCCUUCGGGGCCCUCGCCCGGCCCAGCCAGCCCACCACUGGUCAGCCCCCGGGGCCCACCCCUGGCCCCGCCCUACAACCACCGGUCGGCCCCCGGGCCCCUCGCCUGGCCCGGCCCGCCCACCACUGCUACGCCCCCCACGGCCCUCGCCCGGCCUGGCCCGUCCCACUACCAGUUGGCCCCCGGGGCCCUCGCCCGGCCCGCCCUAUCACCAGUCGGCCCCUGGGGCCCUCGCCCAGCUCUGCCCGCCCACCACCGGUCAGCCCCCGGGACCCUUGCCUGGCCAGGCUUGCCCACCACCGGUCGGCCCCCAGGGCCCUUGCCCGGCCCGGCACGGCCACCACAGAUCGGCCCCCGGGACCCUUGCCUGGCCCGGCAAGCCCGCCACCAGACAGCCCCCUGGGCCCUCGCCUGUCUCGGCCCGCCCACCACCUGUCGACCCCCUGGGCCCUCGCCUGGCCCCGCCCUACCACCACCGGUUGGUCCCGGGGCCCUCGCCCAGCCCAAUCCGCCAACCUCCGGUUGGUCCCCAGGGCCCUCGUCAGGCCCGGCCUGCCCUCCACCAGUCGGCCCCUGGGGCCCUCGCCCAGCCCGCCCACCCACCGACAACAG